AUGGGAAAGGGGGACAAUCAAAUGCUUGCAUUUAUAUUCCCGGAUACAUAUGAUGAAGAGAUUCAAGUUGAUCAAAUAAACUCUUUCAUUAAAAGGCUAGAUGAAAUGCUUCCUGUUAUAGGACCCCCUCUUAAAACUGAGGAGACAUGGGUAUCAAGACACUUCUACCUUUAUGGCAAAUAUCCUGUUCUUUAUGGUGCUCCUCUCACAAUGUCCUGGAAAAGAUCAUGUCGGCUGUUCUGGUGUUGCAAUGAAGAUUAUCCAACUAUAGAAUCUAGCCUGUCCUCCUUGGCUGCAAAUCUAUUUUCAGCGGUAGCAUCAGAUAACAGAACCCAAGUACUCUUUUAUAUUUACAUGUUUGAAUGUGUAGGAUGUUUUCAAAAUAAUAUAAGGAGGCCUUAUCUUCAACAUUGUCCGUUUCCUCAAUUAAUGAAGAGAAACCCACGAUUAACUGUUAAGACAGAUGAUGUAGCUCCUAAAACAGUUUCUGUAUUAUCUCCAAUUACUGCAGAGUCAAUAAUUCAACCUAGUGAGUUGUAUUGGGGACUUCUAUUAUGUCCCCGAACAUUAGGGGGUUAUCCAAUAGUUCUAUAUCCAUCUAUUCUUGUAAAAGGAUUUCCAGAUCAAUUGUCAUAUGAUAUAGCUACUAUCUCUGCUUAUUAUAAAACAAGCAACAGGGAAAAUCAAGAGUCUCCUUCAAAGGGCAUUGAACCCAUACCUCUCAACUCAUCUCAAUUACGAUGUUUUAUCCAUGAACCCAGAAGCAAUUAA